AUGCAAAAAACCCUGGUAAUCAACUCCGGAAGUUCCUCGGUCAAAGCGAAAGUUUUCGACCAAAAUCUCGAACUUCUGGCCCAAGUUUUGCUUGAGAAAAUUGGCGAAAAAAACGGGCGCAUUAAGUUUUACCGCCCGGGUCAAGUUUGGCAAAAAGAUCUCUCCUUAGCGAGUCACGACCAAGCUUUUGAAGCGCUAAUUGAACUUUUGAAGAGCGAAGGAGUGGUCGCCGAUCUAGCCAGCGAGAUCGCCCUGGUCGGUCACCGCGUGGUGAUGGGAGGAAGUUUUUACCGCCGCGCUACUUUGGCCACCCCCGAAGUGUUAGAAAAACUGACUGCCUUGAGCCAUCUCGCUCCGCUUCACAACCCGCCCAAUUUACUCGGCGUCAAGUUAAUGCAAAAACUCGUCUUAGCUCCCAACGUUUUAGUUUUUGACACCGCCUUUCACCAAAGUUUGGAUGAGAGGCGUUUUUUGUACCCGCUGCCGCGUUAUUUGUACGAACAACAUCUCGUGCGUAAGUACGGUAUGCACGGCAUCAGUUACCAGUACAAUUUGCACCGCUUUCGUCAGGAAAGCAAAAUUGACCGUCCCAAUUUGAUCAUUUUUCACCUUGGCAACGGCUCAUCGGUUUGCGCAAUUAAAGAUGGUCAAUCGCUUGACACUUCAAUGGGGAUGACGCCGCUGGCCGGCCUGAUGAUGGGAACCCGCUCGGGCGACAUUGACCCGGCCGUGGUGAUUUUUCUCCAGCGUCAGCUCGGACUUGAUUACCAGGCGGUUGACGAGCUUUUAAACCGUCAGUCGGGACUAUUAGCUCUGACUGGCACCACCAACGACAUGCGCGAAAUUGAGCAGGCGAUCGCGGCGGGUGAUCCGGCGGCCGAACUGGCGUUUGAAAUGUAUGUUGAUCGCUUAGUUAGUUAUUACAGCGCUUACCUUAACGAAUUAGGUAACCAGAUUGACGGCGUUAUUUUUACCGGCGGCAUCGGCAAAAACAGUCGCAAAGUUUUGCGGCGUUUCGUCGAAAAAGUCAGCAUUUCCAAACUGGUUUUAGAGACCAAGAUUGAUUUGGCUGAUCAGUCGUGGGUAAAAGUUUCAACCCGCGCUUCUCAGUUUGCCAUUUACGUCUCGGAAACCGACGAAGAGAUCGAAAUUGCCCGCCAAGGACUAGAGGUGAUCGGCGUUAGGCAGCCGUUGAUCGGACGGUCUGAGCAUGAAUAA